CAGACGGCUCGCUCGGUCGAGCCGUCGACGUUUUUUGACUCGCAACGAUUGCAACACGUUCGACGAUGCCUCCCGUCGACACCCCUGCCAAGCCGGCCAUCGAAGACGACUAUGGCGUCAUGGAGGCGUGCAAACAAGUAUUUCACGUCCCAUCCUUUGAGCUCGAGAGCGGCGUCUCGUUAGAAGCCGUCGACGUCAACUACAAAACGUUUGGCACGCUCAACGACGCCAAGGACAAUGUGCUCUUUGUCUGUCAUGCCCUAACCGGGAACGCAGCGCUGGAUUCUUGGUGGGGUGGCCUGCUCGGCGACGGCAAGCCGUUCGACACGUCCAAGUACUUGGUCGUGUGCGCGAACGUACUCGGGUCGUGCUAUGGCACCACGGGCCCGACUUCCAUCAACCCACGCACGGGAAAGCAAUACGGUCAGUCGUUUCCCGCUGUCACGAUUCGAGACACUGUUCGGCUCCAUAUCCGUCUGGUUGUGGAGGAGAUCGGUGCGAGUCAGGUUGCUUGUGUCGUCGGCGGAUCCUUGGGCGGCAUGCAAACCCUCGAAUGGGGCUUCCUCGGACAAGCGCUUGUUCAAAAGAUAGCCGUCAUUGCGUGCGGAGCCCAGCACUCGGGAUGGCAGAUCGCCAUCAGCGAAGUCCAGCGGCAAGCCAUCUAUAGAGAUCCAAACUACAACAACGGCGACUAUGACAGCGCGUCGCCCCCGCACAGCGGCCUUGCCUUGGCCCGACAAAUCGCCAUGAUCACGUACCGAACCCACGGCGUCUACAACGACAAGUUCGGGCGAAAUGCCCUUGACGACGACCCGUCCACGUUUACUGUGCAAUCGUACUUGGAUUACCAAGGCAGGAAGUUUCUCUCUCGAUUUGACGCGAACGCGUAUAUUGCGAUCAUGAACAUGAUGGACACCCACGACAUCGGUCGUGGCCGAGGCGGUGUCGAAGCAGCGUGCCAGUUGCUCCAUGCGCUGCCAGUCUUGAUUGUCGGCAUCGAUUCGGACGUGAUCUAUCCCAUAACCGAGCAAGCGCAGCUCCACGCGUACUUGCCGCACUCGACGUUUCGCGUGAUUCAGUCGCCACACGGCCACGACGGGUUUUUACUCGAGCAAGAUGCCGUGGGUCAAGCGGUGCGUUCGUUUUUGGGCUAAGUUGUGACGCCGAUGGCGUUUUAUAUUUUCGCGCGACAUGGCCAGCAGCACUCGACCCAACUCGAUCCGACAAGAACCCACCCUCCUCCUCGUGGCGUCGACUUGGCUACAGAUGCCCCCCAUCGUGCGACUCUUGUAAACUCAACAUGCGAGCCACCUCUGACUUGAACGUCAUGGAAGCGGCGGCGGCAAUGCUUCCAACGAGUGGCCAAUGUAGCAGUACCUCGCUUUGCGGCAGAACGGACUCACGCAUUGCAAGACAUGAAUGCAGCGCACGCUUGCUGCA